CAUGUUCAUGUAUGAAAAUUGACAUUAAUUAUCUCAUCCCCUCAACCCUUUGAUUUUAUGAAUAUUUUGAUCAUCAAUAAUCUGUUGAAUUGCAUUGCCCUAUAGAGAGUAUUUCACCAACAAAGCCACCUGUGGUCUGUAAGUUUAAGUGCUCAAGAAAAAAUCAUGUGUGAAUGUGCGGUUAUCACCCCUCUGCACGAUAACCGGUGCUGAUAACAACCCCUUUUAGAUUUAUGUAAGUAACGUGUCGCUGUUUCUUAUCUCCUGCUCAACCUGUUUACAACUUCGUGAAAAUUCUGAUAAAGCUUUUAAGAAGAGGAGCUGUGCAACCUUUGAUCCUCAUUUUUGAAGUGUCCAACUGUCCAGUUGUUUUACAAAGGAAUUGCAUCUUUUUUGCCUAGUCACCAAACGUCUUUUUACCAAACAAGAUGAAGAUUGUUAUUUCUCAGCUGCUUAUGCGUGGAUCCAGGACUCUAGCUGCCAGAAGCUGUGUAGUUGACUCAAUAGGAGCAAAAUUGUUUUAUUCAACUCAAGGCAAAUAUCAACAUAUUUUAUCAGAUGUAGUCGGAGAAAAGAAAAAUGUUGGGUUAGUCACAUUGAACCGACCAAAGGCUUUAAAUGCGCUUUGCGAUGCCUUGGUGACGGAGUUAUCACAAGCAGUUUCUGCCUUUGAUGCGGAUCAAACGAUUGGUGCCAUCGUUAUAACUGGAAAUGAAAAAGCAUUUGCAGCUGGUGCUGAUAUAAAAGAAAUGUUAAACACAACGUACUCAAGUAACGUCAAAGGUGGGCUUCUAGAGCACUGGAACAAGGUUAGCGAAUGUCGAAAGCCUGUAAUUGCUGCUGUCAAUGGAUAUGCGUUGGGCGGAGGAUGUGAGUUAGCAAUGAUGUGUGACAUCAUCUAUGCUGGAGAGAAAGCAAAAUUUGGCCAGCCUGAAAUAGCCAUUGGAACCAUUCCCGGAGCUGGCGGAACUCAACGUAUUGCAAGGAGCUGUGGUAAGAGCAAAGCCAUGGAAAUCUGUCUGACGGGUAACCAGUUCACAGCGCAAGAAGCAGAAAAAAUGGGCUUGGUCAGCAAAAUUUUCCCUCCAGAUCAGCUUUUGAAUGAAACCAUCAAACUAGGAGAAAAAAUAGCAUCACAUUCACCUAUAAUUGUGGCUCUGUGCAAGGAAAGCGUAAAUACAGCCUAUGAAACAACUUUGAAACAAGGUCUUGUAUUUGAAAAGCGAACUUUCUAUGCAACUUUUGCAACGGAGGACCGCAAAGAAGGCAUGCAAGCGUUUGUGGACAAGAGAGCACCGAACUGGAAAAACAACUGAAUCUCUUUUAAGGUCACUCAUCUGUGUGCGAUGCAAUCUGCGAACCGUAAGACUUUUAAGUUAAGUUGAAAUUGGGAGAAAUAGUUGCUGCCAUUUGUAUUUUUAUCAUCAUCUCUUCAACUUUUCUCUAGUUUUGGUUAAGUUUUUUAAUUUUAAGUGUUGAAGCUGUCAUAAGCAUAUAAGGGAAAGACUCAAAAUUGUGUGUUGUUGGAUUUUAAUUAUAAUUAAGGUUUUUUCCCAGGGAAAGUUAUAUUUUUAUAAAUAAAAUACUCCUUUUUUA